AUGGCCGGCGAGCACAAGCACACCCACAUCCUUGACAGGCCCAGCAGCACACCGGCCUCGUCCCAAGAUGGGCACGAGCGGCUGGCGACUGCCGCCGAAGCUGGAGACGCUGUGGCCAGGCAUGACGUGAAGUACGAGCAACCGCAGCAGCUGUCUGGUGCGCCUGCCAGAGCUGGCAGCAUGUCGUCAGAGCAGGCAGGACUGGCAGGAGAGGAAAGAGCACUAGGAGCGGCAGGAGCCCAGCACCAACCUUCCCAAUCCGUGGCCUUGCACGCUGUUGAACGAGCCACAAGGCGGGCAGGGCAAGCGCUGCCCUUGGCUAAUGAAUCCACAGCCGGCCUAGACGAGCCAGGCCUGCUUGGCAAGGACAUCAUACCACUUUCAGCCUGGGUCACCCCGCACCAAGACCAUCAGGAGGACACCGGGUGCGGCCAGGAGACCCUACCCCAGCACCAGGGCAUCCAGGACAGCCGCCUGCAGCCCAUACUAGGCCCUCCGCUCGAUAUAAAGCCGCCGUGCGCAGCAGCUACUCUGGCCGCUGCCGCUGCCGGUGGCGAUAAGCAUUCUGCGUCGUCCACCGUCGCAUCUUCAUCGAAUAUUAAUACGCACCAAGCCAUGAUCUUUUCCGACCUCUACAAGUCGCCGAGGUCGCCCCUCAGCAAGCUGCGCCAUUCCUUCCACGAGCCGUCCCCGGUCCCCGCAGACAUCGACCCCGACCUGCUGAGUCGGGAUAAGACGCGCCAGAAGGAGGCCGUCAAGCGCUACCUGGCCGACAAGAUUCGCAAUGACUGGGAGUUUGUGUGGCCGCCGGUCACGGCCGCUUCAACAUCUAUCACGGAUGGUCUCGUGGUAGAGGAGGCUCCAGCUGCAGACUCGGACGCCAAGGAUCCCGGUGAGGAAGCCGAUUCCGAGUCCGAUGCCGAAUCGGUCUACAGCACCAUGUCGGAAGAUCCCGAGCACUGGCGCCCCCGGGCCGAGUGGACCUCGGAUCUAUCCGACGACGAGGGCAUAUCCCCCACCUCCGUGUCGCCCACCCGACGCGAUGCUGAUGCCGUUGCCGUGCGCGAGACCAUUGAGGAGAAGCGCGCCCGCAGGCGACGCGCCGUCCGCGAGGAGAUGAAGUGGAACCCUGGUCUGGCCUGCUUCGAGGCCCGUCGCGCCGCCUGGACUGGCGCGAAGACGGUGCGCCUCAAGCCGAAACCGCCAAUCCCGGCUUCGUCUACUUCUACACGCCGCCUCUCGUGGUGGCGACACAGUCGGUCGCUGUCGUCAGCCUCUCAGAGCGGGUCGCCGCCCGGUCUGACGUCCCCUCUGCAGCCCACGAGCACGCACAGCUCGCAACAGACGGACGGUGCCGUCUCGUCCGAGGCCGAGUCGGCCAAAAGCGAAACCGCCGCCCCUCCCGUGCGCUACCCCGUCGAGACCAUGCUCCCCAUCCCACCCCCGCUACUCCCCCCGCAGAACCCCAUGCGCGCAUCGAUCCAGCCGUCUAUGUACAUCUCUCUCUAUGAUAAGGUCGUCCUGCAGAACCUGCAGCCCUCAUGUCCAGUUAACCUGUCCGACAUGAUCCGCGCGUGCGUCGUCGGCUGGAAGCGCGACGGCGAGUGGCCUCCUAAGUCGAGCUAUCCGCCGACUACUCUAGCCGCCCAGGCGACUACUGCUGAACUUCUAGCGCUGCGCCAACGUAAGGCGGAGGAACAGCGCAGGAAGGAACAGGAGAAGAAGGCCCAAGCUGCUGCGCGCAAAAAUUCCGUCGGCGCUGCGUCGACUGGCGGACACACGAGGCGAUUGAGCCUCGUCGGGAUCUUUGGCGGUGGGCAUAAAGAUAAGAACGAAGGGGGGUCGGCUGAGAUCAAAGAGAACAAGGAGGCGAAGGAGGGUAACAGUAACAACAACGGACAGACCCGCGGCCGGACAUCAUCGCACUCGGAUGAGGCGGGCUCCAGCAAGACGCUCUUCCGGCGUAGUCUGCAGAAGAUGCUCUCGUUGGGGCAGCACGUCCAUCACGCCGAGUCGACCGGCGCCAAUGGGUCGGGUGCUCCGCUGUCACCUACGUCGCCUUCAACCAAGGAAGUUGCUGCUGCUGGUUAG